UCACCCUUGAGAAUAUCCUGUGAUUGUUCCUUUUUUGUUCCUUAAAAGUAUGUAUCCAAUGUCGAAAUUAACCUCUCUGCCCUGAAUUCCCUCUGUAUUCACCCAAAACACAGGGAUGUGAGACGGCAGAAUUGAAGAUCACAAGUUCAAACUUUGGUAACCAAAUUAUGAUGGAAAAGUUUCCAAAUCGAUUCACAGUCUUGUGUUUCACAUUCAUUACUAUCCUCUUGGGAUUCAUCGUCGCCAUUGCCAUUGGCCGUGAAAGCCCACAUAAGAGCAGCAUCCCACAAACGGAGACACCAAAUCCCCUCCAAUUCAAGUCCAACUCUUCAUUCAAGAUUGCGUUAUUUGCAGACCUUCAUUACGGAGAGAACGCAUGGACUGAUUGGGGUCCUCGCCAAGACGCCAAUUCCAAUAGAGUCAUGUCCACAGUACUCGAUCUCGAAACCCCAGAUUUUGUGGUUUAUCUAGGAGAUUUAGUGACAGCCAACAAUCUACCUAUCGCAAACGCAAGCUUGUAUUGGGAUAUGGCAAUCAAUCCAACCAGAGCAAGAGGGAUUCCAUGGGCAUCUUUGUUUGGGAACCACGAUGAUAUGCCUUUUGAGUGGCCAAUUGAUUGGUUCUCUGCCUCUGGAAUUCCUCAACUUCGUUGCCCACCUCCUUCAACUUAUCUAAGUUCAGGAGAAGAAGAAUGCAGCUUCAGAGGGACACAAAGGAUGGAACUGAUGAACAAUGAAAUGCAAAAGAACGAUGGGUCAUCUUAUUCUAGAAGUGGCCCUAAAGAUCUUUGGCCCAGUGUAUCCAACUAUGUACUCCAGGUCUCUUCAUCCAACGAUCCAAAAUCACCUGUGGCUUUUCUAUACUUCCUGGAUUCUGGUGGUGGGUCCUACCCAGAAAUCAUAUCAAACGCUCAAGUAAAAUGGUUUCAGAAUACAUCACAGAAGCUUAAUCCUCAGUCUAGGUUGCCUGAGAUAAUUUUUUGGCAUAUACCAAGUCAGGCAUAUAAACAGGUUGCUCCAAAGUCUAGAAUACAACAGCCUUGUGUGGGUUCCAUUAAUUUGGAGGCAGUUGCUCCUCAAGAAUCUGAAAUGGGGAUGAUGGAUUUUAUUGCAAAUAGAACUUCUGUCAAGGCAGUGUUUGUUGGUCACAACCAUGGAUUAGAUUGGUGCUGCCCUUACAACAAGCUUUGGCUGUGCUUUGCUCGCCAUACUGGUUAUGGUGGUUAUGGGAACUGGCCUAGAGGAGCAAGAAUUCUUGAGAUGACUCAACAACCCUUUUCCCUCAAGUCAUGGAUAAGGAUGGAGGAUGGUAUUAAGCACAGUGAAGUUGUCUUGAGUUCUUGAUUUGUUUCCUCUACUACAUUCACUAGAACCACCUUCAAUACAUCCUCAAAUGGAAAGAAACCAACAGGAGGAAUAAGUGGUAACCACAGGCAUCCAUGUCUGCCUUGUGAUUAGUGGUGGUAAGCUAAGUUUGAUAGAGAGUAAAGUACAAUGUGAAUAGGAUGUGGACAUGUUACAUAUCAAACAGGUAUAAGUAAUGGAGUGAUCUCGUAGUUCAUGCAAGGGUGGAGACAAGGGGAUUGCUGCAUGGAUUUUCCUUCUUUUUGCCGCAUUUUGCUCAGAGUUGAAAGAAAUACUAUUUGUCUCAAACCCACCCAACCCCCCUCCCCCAAAAAAAAAAAAACUUUUCACCCCUUCUUUUUUGUUUCUAAUUAACAAUAGUAUUUUGAAACAUUUGUGAUGUUUUUUUCUUUGUUCACAAUGGCACAUGGUGAUGUACAUAUUUUUUUAUACUAAUUUUGUUUGAUGAAA